ACGGAAUGCUUUGACUUCAGGGUCAUGGUGCUAGCUUUGGUCUUGCAGAGGACCAGGUUGAAACAGGCACCUAAGGAUCUAGACAGAAGAGACUAUGGCAUGUAGGAAUGAGUACAUUAGGUCAUGACGUCAUAGAUGUCUCUGCAUACUUAUGGCGAAGCAAGCCACUGCGCACGAGAGCUUCCUUCCUCUCAUUCCACAUCAUCUCAAAUCCAAGAGUACUAUCAGGUCUAUAAAUUGGCCAAUUUACCACCGUUUAUACCCUCACCUCCUACCAACAUGUCCAUUUCCCAAGAAACUUCAGCUCGUUCCGAAGCUCCUCGUUCCAGCCCGGUCAUUGACGCACAGUCAUACCAAUACCAGCAGGAGCCUCAACUUCCAUCAGAGACGGUUCAGCCUGGACAAGUAGAUGUAGCCCCUCAACAAGGUGCUACUCAACCUGGCUCAGGUACUGAAGCUCCGGUGAAAGUCCUUCCCGCACGUCGACUUUCUUUCAAAGAAAAGGUCGUAGGUUACGCAAAGGAGAUCCGUGGAGCGGCUUUGCACAAGCCGGAAACAAAGGAACAAGGGGAACGAAUCUUACAAGGGCAGGAGCACUUCGAGCCGAAGAAAGUCGGUCCUGGAGCCCACAGGGACAGGUCACGGUCGAAGUCGCCUACUACUAAGUCAGAUAAGCCGGCCCCGUCGUCGCCUUGAAACAAACCAUGGAGGUCGGAGUGGCGUUGAUUCUGUCUUUUUCGGAGGACUUGUAGUGCCGGAUGUACUUUCUACCUACCGCUUCUGGUUGUAUGUAAUAAUACCGUAUAUUCCUGAACUUUCAUGCGGAUUUUCCAGAAAUGCAAGGAAGUUCGAUGAUGUAAU